GGAAAGAGGGAGGGAGACAGACAGACAGAGAGAGAGAGAGACAGCCUGGGAGGGCUAUUAUCCAAAUAGAGAUGUGUGAGUGACUGCUUGCCUGUCUGUCCGCUCCACAGGACCCUUUAUUUCCUCAGGGAUGUGGCACGUCUGAGCAAAAUGCUUCCUAAAACGAAGAGGAUCCUCCAGCCUUCAGAAUUUAGCAGCUAUAGGAGGAUAAACAGUGGAGUUGGUGUGAAGGGUCAUCAUAAGUCUACGUGUGCUGACAGAUUGUCCAUCCAGGCCUAAAUCUAAGACAGAACAGGCGAAAGCAGAGGUGCAGAUCAGGAUUACGGCGUAUCACAGGAAAAGAGUCCUCUAAACGGAUGGCGACACCAUUUGUGCCAGUGCCUAUACCCAUGGAAAGGACUCUGCCGGGGGCUACCAAUCCCCGGCGACCCCAGAGGGCCUCGAGUCUAGGUAGUGCAUCCAGCAGUUCAGAAUCCUCCUCCACUAAAGGCCCGGGCGAUGAGAGCAGCUCAGGGAGGCGAGGGAAUAGCAGUGGAGCCUCUGGUUCAGACAGAAGCUGCUUCACUCCACCUUGUCAGAGCCCCAUCACUCGGGCCAGGAUGAACGGCUUGGACACUACAGUGGAGUACUCCAGCUGUACACGGCCGGACACGCCGCCUCAGACCCCCAGCUGGGAGGAGAGACCCAUAACCCCGACUGUACUGGGUUACGAGGUCAUGGAAGAACGAGCCAAGUUCACGGUGUAUAAGAUUCUGGUGAGGAAAUCUCAGGAGGAGACCUGGGUGGUGUUUCGGCGCUACACAGACUUUUCCAGACUCAAUGACAAGUUAAAGGAAAUGUUUCCUGGAUUCCGGCUUGCUCUGCCUCCUAAGCGCUGGUUUAAAGAUAACUAUGAUUCAAACUUCCUGGAGGACAGACAGUUAGGCCUGCAGGCCUUCUUGCAGAACCUGGUGGCCCACAAAGACAUUGCAAACUGCGUUGCUGUACGAGAGUUCCUUUGUCUGGAUGACCCACCAGGUCCUUUCGACAGUCUGGAGGAGAGUCGGGCGUUCUGUGAGACUCUGGAGGAGAGUAACUAUCGGCUGCAGAAGGAGCUGCUGGAGAAACAGAGAGAGAUCAGCACCUUAAAGAAGAUUCUGGAGGAGAAAGAUCUCUACAUACACUUGCUUGAGAAAAGGGCCAAUGGCGAGUCUUUGACUCCGGAGAGUCCUUGUGGUCUGUCCGCUCAAGGCAGUGAGAGCAGUGUGGAUGCAGACGGAGAGGUGGAGUCCUCUACAGCCGAGGCGGAUCAGGAUAUGCCAGAUGAAAAUGGCUGUGAGCAGCGGGCACCGCCGCAGAUCUCCUCAACAUGCUGGUGUGGACCGGCCAUUAGCCGCUCUCCUCCAGUUAUCCAGGUCACUCAGCUGGAAAAGUGAACUACAACCAGUACUGCACUUCCUUUUUCUCUGUUUUUCCCCUCUCUGUCUCUGUUUCUCCCUCUUCCUGUCUUCUUGCCCCUCCCAUCCCUUCCCUCGCUCUCUCCCUCUCCAUACUGCGAGUGAGACGAUGCUAGAGUCUCCUAACCUCGUGGAAAAUGAUAAACUGUGACAGACGCACAGGUGCUGUCUGUCUGCAGUCAGCAUCAGUCUCUUAUAACACAGACGGGCAAGCUAACCCAUGAGACUCCUGGAAGGAUGUGAUAAUCUGUAUGGGGGCCUGAAAUCUGCAACAUCUGGAAAGACAGCAUGAGAACAUGAGAACAUGAGAAUGAGCUGUGGAUAAUCUGAAUGUGCUCCACUAUUUUCUUAACAAAUAUAUUUAUCUCUAUAUUUCAAGCCCAUCAAGUCAUGGAUUGGCUUCUUGGAUUUCAGGACUGGAAUAUCGACCAUACAGUGGACAUCCUGCCAAAGAGGGCUUCUCGACCAAAACAUCAACAGACAGAACUUCAUUUAAGCUCCCUAAAAUCCAGAGACAAGAGAGUUUGUGUAAUAUUAAAUGUGUGACAAUCCAGAAACUGAUAGAUUGCAUGUAUUCUCUCACUCUCUCCUCUCUCCUGUGUGAAAACAUAGCAGAGCAGUGCCCCUAUUGGCUAAUAAAGCUACUGCAGCCAUCAACUCAGGCAGGACAGUGACGAAGACUGAGGUUUCCCCUGUGCUGCUGAAAAAAAAAGAAAAAAGAAACAACAGGGCUGUGAUUAUGUGAACUGAUAUGUAGAACUAUAGGUCUUUAGACUGACGAUCUUUGGUUUAAAACCUCUGACGCAAAAUUUUGCCUUUCAUGUCAUCAUGUUGCUUCGUACUGCCAUUGCUUCAUCGACAACAAGAGGGCAAUUCAUACAUGUGUAGGAAUACAAAUAUGCUGCACGUGGAUUAGCCGGGAGUGUGUGUUGUUUUGGUUCUUUCUUUGUCACUCAUUGUGAUUUUGUGAAUUUAGAAUUUAUUUUGUCACCCUUGUUUUUUUUAUCGCACAAUUCUUUCGCGGUAGUGAUUGUGAAAGUCUUAACACUAAGUGAACUUUAACAGCCAUGCGUGCAGGUCGUCUGCGAAACGGGAUUUGUUAAAAUGGAGUGAAUUCAAUGCCUUUUAUUAGCAUCAGGUAUUCAGCUUAUAGGAUCAUAUUUUGACCUAUAGGAGUAAUCUAUUAUUAUUUAAUCAUAAUUUAACUUCUACAUUUCAUCUCCCUUUACUCAAACAACCUAAUUUACACAGUCAUAUCAGAAUAUUGUAACCAUCUCUUUGUUAAAAUUAAUUGUAAUAAUAGCAGUGCACUAUAGGGAUCAUUUUAGCUAUUUAGAGAACUAUCAAUAUGAUCAUCUCUCUAAAAAUGUUGAUGAACCCCUCUUUAAAUGAUCUUUGUACUUUUAAAUCCCUCGUGUACACACUUUUGUAGUGUAAUCCAAAUUUGUAGUGUAAUCUAAAUCCAAAAUGACAAGAAAAAAACCUAUUAACUUUCACCUGAGGUAUCCAUGCUCUAAAUACAACCUUUUUUUAAACAUAUAAUCUAUUCUGAAGUUUAAGGCAAUAAACAAUGAAGUAUGUGGGUAGAAUUGCUUCAGCUUUUCAGGUUAAAUGAUUAUUAGUUUGCUUUUUUAGUUUAUUUCUUUCCAGAUUGAGUAUAGGGUAGCUAAGAAUGAGUUUAUGUGGGUGGAGCAUAUCAUCGCUGUCUUGCAAAAACCUUGUGUCUCCAUUCCUUUUUUGAAAUGUUCCAAUUUUCACUUGUUGACAAUUUCAAUCUGACAGUUGUUCUUUAUAUUGCUCUAUUUCUUGUUUACAUUGACUUCUGUUGAAAGUGUUGUCCUUCUUAUAUAAAGCUGCUAUUUUGGAGAUACUCUAUAUAGGCAAAACUAUUCGGACACCUGCUUAUACAUAGGGUCUUCUGAAAUGAAGGGUAUUAUUGUGCCCUAUGUUUCUACUACGCAGAAUUAAAGAAAAAAUGAAAUGGGAAACCAAAAAAAUUUAAACUGCUUUUUUUUGGAGUAACUGUCUCUACUGCCCCUCAUCUCAUUGCUGGGGGAUUUAUACCCCUCUAUCCCACAUAUGGUGCUUUUGAGAAUCCUAAUUUUUGGGCAGUACUUUUCUGCAGGGAAUAGACAAGCUGUGUGUCUAGUCGAAUUAAAGUACAGUAAUGUCCAAAAAUCUGUUUUUGUGUGACAGCGAUGAUUGAUUGAUUGCUUUAUAGGUUAAUAUAAUUUGAGCAUUACAACCUGAGCCAAUCACAUAGGCUCUCAUGGUAUCUUAUGGAAUGAAUGUGUUUGAUAUCACAGUAAGAGUCAGUAGAGGUUGAAAGAAAAAAAGGAAAAAAAAAGAAUCUCUACUAAGUAAAAUGUUGUUGGGUUCACUGAGGGUUACACUAGUAGUAGUGAUGUGUUCGUUAAUAAGUACACAGAUUUAGAGGAUCACUAUCAAAGCUGUACUUGGCAUAGUCCAAGCCAGGAAGCUGCUGAGUCACGGUUCGUAAAUGACUGCAGUAGGUCACAUGUCGCACUUUAAUGUCCCUAGGGAUUGUGGGGUAUGAUGCUUCUAGGCUAGCAGGUGGAGCUUCUUUAGAAUUGAAUGCUAAUUUUAGCUUCAAAGGAAGCACGUGCAGUGCCUUUUCCCUGCUGUUCAUAUAUUCAUGCUUCUGUAUGUGUUUAUGUUCAUCUGCAGGUCCAUUCCAAUCCAACCUCAGCAUCCCUGCUAACAUAGUGCCUUGCAUCCCCUUCCCUUAUUGUAAUUUUUAUCUACGUCUCACUUUUUUCAUAUUUACUCGAGUUGGCACCACCUUCUAAAGUAGUUUUCAUGGGUGUUGGCAAAUUGUAAGGUUUUAAAUUAUGCAAUCUAAAUAGAUUUAUUGCCAUUUGUUGUUUAUUGAUCUCUGUAGGAUUUUAUUUGAUAUAUAUUUAACAAAACUGCACAUUCAACGCUUGUGACAACGAAUGAAGUUAAUGUAAUGUUUCCUGUUGAUUAGGUUCAGCUGAGAGGAAUUCACGUGUUUUGAGUUUAUCUUAGAGUGUACCUUAGAGUUUACCUUAUGCAACUGCUUAGUAGAUGCAAUUCAUGUGUCAACUUGUCGAAACGUGUCAGUCUGUAAGUAUGUCCUGACCAGUAACUGUUCAAUGGUCCUGACAUUUGUUUUUCUUUUCUGUCCUGUCAAAUAUCCAUAUUCCUAUAUUAUUUCCCCCCCCACUAAUGGCUGUUGAUGAAAAGUAGGCUAGGACUGGGGAUGUGAUAUUUGUUUUCAGAUCAUCAGAACUUAUGCAAAUGUGUUUGUCACAUAAUAAUGAUAGAUUAUUUUCUGAGGGAUAAUAAAUGUUUCCAGUGGAGGUAUUUUCA